UCUCCUUGCGAACCAGGUGCGGCGCCAGGCUCCAGACAUGUCCUGCUCUGAGAAGUGCCAGCAGUGCCAGCCCUGCAACCCUUGCAGCCAGUCCUGCGGCCCCUGCCCGCUGGCCAGCAGCUGCAAUGAGUGCUGUGUCAGGCAGUGCCAGAGCUCCCACGUUGUCAUUGAGCCGCCUGCUGUGCUGGUGACCCUGCCCGGCCCCAUCCUCAGCUCCUUCCCACAGAACACCGCCGUGGGAUCCUCCACCUCCGCUGCUGUUGGCAGCAUCCUCAGCUCUGAGGGAGUGCCCAUCAGCUCCGGGGGCUUUGACAUCUCCUGCAUCACCAACUGCUACGGUGGCAGCAGAUGUUGUCGUCCCUGCUAA